CUCGAUUAUUGAUUUCUCUUAAAUCUUUUCACAUUGAUUCCAAAAAACCAAACUUAUCUUAUAUCACCUUUGAUUGAACUCUUACUAUGGAUGCUGAGCUCCCAGAUCAUCCUUUGUCAUCUAAUCACAUCAUGGAACUCGACUAUACCCUUGACGCCGAUAUGGUCUCUCCUGAUAGAUUCGAUUGUGAACUUCAAUCGGAUUGUGAUCAAUUCAUGGCUUCUAUUCAAUCCACUGAUCCUCAAGAAGUUGAAAUGACCGAUGACUACUCAUCGGCUCCUUUCGAACUUGACUCUUGUCAAAAGAUAAACGUAUUGGCGCCCAUUACUUCAGAACUCCCAAUCAACGACUUCCCCACAUUUAUCGACUCCAACUUAUCGACUUACGGAAGGGACAUUAUAAAUCUGCCUCCCUCUUCCACUUCCGAUCUCACCUCAUCCCUUUCAAUGGGCAUUGAAAACCCUGUCGAGAUUGAACCUGUGCACCUUCCUACAUUCGACUCACAAGCCUUUUCAGUUCAAACUUCGGUGCCCUUGGUACAACCAGCGGAGCCUGUCCGUGCAAGUGAUGAACCCAAGCAACUCGAGCGUGAUUCCGCUCCAAUUCUCAACGAUCAAAAUGCAGCAGUGACUGAUGAGACCUUUGAACAAGCUUCUCUAUCUGACGUCGUAUCUGGAACCGGUUCAACUUCCGAGGCUGAGCCUCACGUUGCGCCUCACCAAGAUGAAGCCCACUCAAUCAUUCAGCCUACUGCUGAAGCACUGUCCUCACUGGCCCAGGCCGAGGACGGUGAGCAGAGCGUCACCGUAGCAGACGAAGUGCCCCCAGACUCUCUUCCGCUGCUUCCGCAAUUGACAACAGACGUCCAGACAUCUAUCGAGGAACCCAUCGAGUCACUGAACACUGAUGAAAUUACUGCCGUUGAUGAGAGCCUCGAAUUACAUCCAAGACCUCGAAUUGACCUCCUUGAACACGUCAGAACGGAGUUCGAGGUACUUGAAAUCAUCGACGAAAAUACUCUUGACCCACAGGAGCAAAUGAUCAAGCAAGCCCCCUGCAUUAGAUUAUUGUGCGAAGAUUGCGAGUAUAAUGUAUUUCAACGCUUGUCUGCCUCAAACUCAUCGAACGACCCCAAUCCAGAAUCCUGUCCAGGCGAAGAACCUCUAUUAUUGGGUGAAUUGGCGGAUCAAGCAAUCUACUUUGCUCCGCUCGGGGACUUCAUUGAGACUCUUCGUCAGAUUUUUCCCGAUUUUACUCAGACUGACCACAGCGAACUUGUAUUGAGCUUUCCCGACCUCGAAGCUCGCAUUCCUGAGGAUAAUGUAUACACUCGCGAGCUUUCACUUUUUGAUAUAGAUCGCCUUCAUGUAGGCGCCAACCUCCCCAGUCGACUUUUGGUCAGCUUAGAGAAACAGCCCAGGCUCAUCCAUCGAUUCAACGUCUUGGCCAAACAUGUAUGGAAGCAAAAUUUAACAGAACCUUUGGACGCGGAACAAGGCGACACGGAGGAAGACUCUUGCGAAGAUUAUGAAGCUGAACAAGCUCCGGAGCACGUUGAUCUUGAAGACGCAACGAUCACGGAAGGGCCUCUUGCUAGUGUUGAAGAAGUUUUAACUGUGGACGAAGACACAGUAGGUAAGGCACAUGAUGCUAGUAGCUCAGCUGUUCAUUUGGACCCACCUAUGAUAUCUGAGGGUGAUGUGGGCUCUGAUUUACCCGUGACACCAACAAAUGGAUCAACUGAACCUAUUCAGUUGAUCGAUGUCUCCAUACCGAGCAAUCAUAACGUAGCAGAGCAUGACAAUGAGGAAGAUGAUAAGAAUAAACACGUGCAAGCUGAUUGUGUCGUCAAAGAUACUUGCACCUCGUCAUCGCAAUCCGCCCUUCGUGAUUCAGCACGAUCAUUACAUCUCGAUAAUAGCACGCCUGAUUCGGCAGAAUGCCAAGAUCAGCAUUUCGAUGGGAUGGUCAAGGACUUUCCGAAAUCAGUUUUAACUCCGGUUGUGCAAGGUCAUUUUGUAGCCGAGAACACCCUUGAGUCUGAUCUGCGAGAUGAUCAAACCGUUGACUGCGACAGUCCUACCGACAAAACUGCUGAUGGUGAAGAACUGGACUCGGUUGAAGCAAGUGAAGAGGCCUUGAAGAACCCCACAACCGGAGCCACGCCGGCUGACAAGCUAGAACACCCAGAUGAACUCUCAGUACCACACUCCAAUUUGAAUCAGGAGGCCGCCGAACCUGUCACCUCGAAGUAUCAUUCUGUUGAUGACGAUGAACUAAUAUCAAAUGGGACGGUUCUGGGCUGUGAGGGCUCCGAUGAUGACGUAGAAGAAAUCACGGACGCACGAUUUGACACAAUCAUCGACAACAGUCCGCUACUGAAUUCUGUCACCUCCAAUUCGAAUGACCCUGCAGCUGUCAGCCUUGCCAAACAGCCCUUCAUCUCUGGUGUAGUUAGUUCUGCCGAUCUUUCUCGUUCCCCAAAUGAAACGAAGAAACGACCUGUCGAUUACGACAAUGAUGCUUGUUGCACUCAUCAAGACGAAAACGAUGGAGGUAGUCCACAAUCCGAGCGCUAUCUGGUGAGAAUGAUAUCGGCACCUGACUCUUCAAGACAGUACCGAUGUAUUCCGGUUGUACCAGCAGCCAUCCCUCCUGGGCUUUGAGACUCCGAAAAUCUAGCACUCUGAUCGAUUUUCGGCGGGUUAUCUCAUUGUCUCCCUGCUAAAUAAAUGGCUACCAUAUCAUGCCACUCAAGACUGAUCUCUCCCGCGUUAUCACUGGAUUUCCGUCACGAUCUCACAACAUCUUCAAUUUUCCACCCAUUAUAUCGCAUUUACUGCCAUAACAACAUGAAGCACGCAUCCUGCCAGCUCUGAAGACCUUGCUUUCAAGAUUUGCCUUUUUCCUCCAUGCGGCUGUUACUAAUGCUCCAGAUUUUAUCCCCGUAGUGCCUUCUUUAUCCUCGUAGCUUACAGAUCCGCACAACAAGAAUGAAAUUGGACACGCCAAAGCCUAAGCGUUUUCACAAGAUUUAGGUAUGUUUUUUGACCCAGACCGACGAAGCUGAUAUUACAUUUUUAUUUUUGAGAUUUGCGCGAUGAUUGGUAAUUGAGAUGAUUCAAUACAAGCCCUUGAAAAAUCAGAGCUAAGGUUGUCAGUAGUGUGAUUGGGUUGAAAUCGCCGAUUCUGUCAGUUUGAGCGGGAUAAAAUAGUUGUAAUGCUAUUGGUAAUUAUACUUGUUAAAUUUGUACGGACAAUACUUUUUGCUAUUUUCACGGAGGAAGAGGCUAGCUUUGGGGAUUAUGGUAGAUCUACUCUUAUGAAUGUCAAAAUAAGCAAUGAAAAUCAACAAGUAAGCCU